AUGUGGUCGGAGAACAUCGUCAGCUAUUAUUCUCAGCAAAGCAUGGGUGAUCCAAACAUCAAUGAAUCUUCCAUGGUGCAUGGCACUGAGACGGUGUUCGAAGACUGCGAGAUUUUCCUUGGUGGCAAUGAGAUGGUUUAUGGCUGUGAGGCGAUUAUCAGUGACAAGAUGGGUCAUGAAGCCGAAAUGAUCCUUGAUUACAAGAUGAUCGACAUCCAUGAUAGCAAGAUGGUUCACAGCAACGAGAUUGUCCCUGGUGGUAGCAAGGUGGAUCCUGGUGGUGAGAUGGUCCCGUAUGACCAGACAGUCCUCCAUUGUAAUCAGACGGUUCAAGGUAGUGAGAUAGCUAGUGGCAAUGUUACCACUGGGGUGAAACCACCAACCUCAUCAAAACGCCGAAGAAAGACGUCCAUGGUCUGGGAGCAUUUCACUACCGAAGAUUCUGAGGGAUGCACACGAGCGUGCUGCAAGCAUUGUAACGGAAUAUUCGCAUACAGUUCUGGAUCAAAAAUGUCUGGCACUAGCCAUCUGAAGAGGCACGUUACCCAGGGUCAUUGCCCUGAGAUUAAAGUUCAAGAACCUAGAGCUGGUGGGACAGAAAAUGAUUGUCAGGGUGCUGUAGAUAAGCCUUCUAAGAGGCGCCGCCACACAUGUACUGGUUAUGCAAAUGCUCGAUUCAAUCCAGACCGCAGUAAAUCAUACCUGGCGAAGAUGAUCAUUCUGCAUGACUACCCUCUGCAAAUUGUUCAACAGCCAACCUUCAUAUCCUUUGUUGAGGGCCUGCAGCCUAGUUUCAAGGUGGUUAAUACAGAUGCAAUAGAAGCAGAGGUUUGUGCAGUUUAUCUGAAGGAAAGAGAGAGCGUGCUGAAGCAAGUUGGAAAUAUUCCUGGAAGGAUAAAUCUCACAGUACAGUCUUGGACCACUAGCCAAACUCUUGGUUUGAAUUUGAGAGAGGAACUCUCCAGAAAGAAUAUUCCGAUGCUUCGGGGGCAAUUUUUGGUUGUGAGGUGCUAUGCCCAUAUACUGAAUGCAGCUGCAAGUGAUGUCACUGCUUCGGUUCAAAGUGUCAUCUACAAAAUCCGUGAAAGUAUAAAGUUCAUAAAAUCUUGUGUUAGCCAUGAGGAGAUGUUUGCUCACAUCAUUUUGCAACUGCAAAUUCCUAGUAAUCAGACCCUAUGUCUAGACAUUAAAGCCCAGUGGAACACCACCUAUCUUAUGCUGCUGGCAGCUCUGGAUUAUAAGCAGGCAUUCACCAUGCUGGAGAAAUGUAACGAUAACUACAAUCAAGCACCUUCGGCAGUGGACUGGGAGAAAGUCGAGGUUGCUUGCAGGUAUCUGAAGCUGUUGUAUGACUCUGCAAACAGCAUUAUGGCAACAAAAGAUCCAACUGCCAACAUAUUUUUCCAUGAGGCUUGGACAAUUCAGAGAGAGAUUUCAAAUGCCACAGAUCAUCAAGAUUCUAUUUCCAGUGCAAUCGCAAAAGGCAUGCAUGAGAUGUUUGACAAGUAUUGGAAAGAUUGCAAUGUUGUGCUGGCCAUUGCUGUUGUGAUGGAUCCCCGUUUCAAGAUGAAGAUUGUUGAGUUCAGUUACUCCAAAAUCUAUGGUCUGAUGAAGGGCGCUAAGUAUGUCAAGUUGGUGGAUGAUGAUAUACAUGAGCUCUACAACGAGUAUGUUAGACAGCCACUUCCGUUGACGCCAGCCCAUGUUGAGCAAGAGGUCACUGGCGCUCUUCCUAACGAUAAGAACAACAUUCCAACAGAUCCUACUUCCACUGGCAAUCUAGUGUCCGGCUUCGACAUCUACCUUUCAGAGGUAGCCAUGAGCCAGAUCCCAAAGUCAGAGCUAGAUCAGUACUUGGAAGAAGCCCUGGUCCCACGCAUGCUGGAGUUUGACAUUCUGAAGUGGUGGAAGCUUAAUGCCGUCAGGUACCCAACACUCUCGAGGAUGGCCCAAGAUGUCCUUGCCAUACCCAUGUCCACGGUUGGUCGUUGGAGCUCCGUGUUCGCAGCUGGCACUGAAGCCAAGAUGCUUGACGACUACCAGAGCUCACUGCACCCUGAAACCUUGGAGGCACUGUUCUGCGCAAAAGACUGGUUACAGCAUUCCUCUCCUGCUGCUCCAUAG